GGACUAUUAGACUGAUGUAUGCAUUCGUCAUAUGUGAUUAAUUUAAGAAUUUUAUAAUAUAUAUUGUAUUUAUAUUAUUCUAUCUUGUAAUGUAUAUGUGUCUUAUAACAUAUGUAUAUUAUAAAUUACACAUUAUUCAAAUUUAAUAAGCAUAAUUUAACGCUGGAAUUUUAUUACAGCAUUUUAUAAUACAAAAAUGGGUAUGAGAGGAUUGACUUUUAGAAAUCUCUGUGAAAUAAAACUCAGAUUUUUUAAUCUGUAAAGAAAAUGAAUCCAAGUAGCGAAGUUAAGAGAAGUUUAAUGAAAUAUGAUAUAACUGCAUGAAAGGAAACACCUUAUAUUGUUUCCUGAAUUGCUGUAACUAUUUCCAUUUAUAAACUUUGCUAUCAUCAAGCAUAAGAUAAGAAAUAAGCAUAAUAAAAAGUUUAUAAAAUUUACUUAUUCCAUGUAAAGAUGUAAGAUAAAUUUUAUGUCAGAAAUAUGAUAUGAAUAUAAAAAUAUCAGUUUGUUAUUAAUUCUAGCGUAUUGUAAAUUAUUUGUAUGAUAAAUAAUGGUUGUAUUAUGAAUAAAUAAACAGGAGACCAUUUAUUUUGAGAUAUUAUGUAUCACAAAUCUUUUCCUACUCAUUUUUCUUGAAAAAGAGGAAAAUAUAUAUUUUUUAUUUAUUAUACUAGUAAUAAAGCAGAAGAAAUUAAGAACGAAAAAUUGCAUAGAAAAGAUUUAAAUUUAUUUUUAUUGGUACGUGUAUUUCUCUUAUUAUGCUUGAUAUUUAAAAAUAAUUUAUUUAAAAUUUAUUUUUAAUUAUUGAAAAAAAAUUUGAAAAAGAAAAAAAUUUGAAAACGCAUUUCAAAUAUCUCUUUCUCCUAAAGUUAACGAAUCAAGAAAACUAUAUGUUAUCUGUAAACGAUUAUAUAUGUUAUUUAUAUAGGCAUCAAAAUUGAAGUAAAUUGCACAAAAAUUUUUUUGUCGUCACUCAUCAUAUGUUUUUUAAGAAUUGUUCUUUUAAGUUUUAUUUUUUCAUAAAUUUAAUAUAGAAAUAUAUUUAAUAAGUCUUUUCUAAUACGAAGAAAAUAUGUGCAAGAAGAUUAAAUUUAAGAUUAUUCCGGCGUUAAAUUAAGCAUACAUUGAAAUGCAGAAUUUUAUUAUUCCAAAACAUUAAGGAUGUAUUUUUUAAUUACAAGCUAUCCUGAGGCAGAUAAACAACUAUUUUUUAAUUCCGUUGAAAUAGAAGCGUCGCUGAAAAUAGCGAAUCUCUUGCAAAUGUCGCAGUAAUCUACCAUGGUCCCGCGGAGAACACUUUUUCUGUCAAGAUACGUCUGUCUCAUGAAGAAAAAGUGGCAUCACGUGCUCCGGCAUUUACCUAUUUGCUUCGGUAGUAUCGCGCUUUUUCUUCAUCGAAGAAGAGGCAAGCAACGAUAAAUUUCGCCGACGUUUAGCUUGGCUUGAUGUGCCCGUGGUGGGAGUUCGGCUUAUAUAGACUCGGUGUAAAUAAAAUUUUUCAGUUGUUCUUUAUAGCCGUUCCGAUGGAAACUAGAGUUAGAGGAUUUUCCAGUGUCCUCGGUAUCCUUCUUCUGUUCGCCUGCUUUUCGUCGCGGACCGAUGCGCGAAUCAAUCGCGAACGUUUAAAGCAAGAACUAGUUGCUUUAGAAAAUGUUCUUAAUUACGUUGGUGACAGAUCAGAGCAGAUGAAUGUGGACGUUAUUCUUGGUAUUACUUUAGCCCAAGCAAAUUUAAUGGCGGUGGUAACACAUAGAAACACACUUUGUCUGGAAUGUGAAUUUAUCAACAAUCUCAAAGAACUAAACAGACUGUCCAAUAAGAUUCGAAUUAAAUUGAUAAAUACUGUUUUCAUGAAGGACGAAGCGAUUUUAAAGCUAUUCAAUCCCCGAUUGUGGAUGAAAUUUAUAUCGUGGGCAAGCCUCUUUUGGAAGUUAAGACCUAAUUACAGUCAGCCAUUAAACUAUUGGGACAUUAUUAAAUUAAUACGUCAUGGAACGCCUAAUGAAACAGAAAGCGAUAAAUGUUUAUUCGAAAUUUUGUAUAGCAGUUAUAAAAUGGAGUGUAAGAUUCCUGUCCAUUGUAUCGAAAUAUUGAUGAAGGAAGACGAUACUACUGGAUAUCCUCUUCUACAUAGAUUGCUUAUUGUUCAAGUCGCUAAAGCGCUGCAUUGCAAGGAGGCCGAACAACUUUCUUCCUUGAUACCUGAGUAUUGUGCCAAGAUCUAUCGUGAUCUCGUCAAUCUCGAAUUAUGGAAUUUUCCAGUUGUUACACGAGAUCUCAUGAUGGAACAAGUCGUUUUAUGCGGCAAUGAAGGUUACCUCGAAUUUGUGGAUGAAUAUUACGAAAAUGCAAUACUGAAUUGGGCUCAUUGGAGCGGUUGCUUCGGCGUAUUUAGAUAUACUGAUGUACACAAAAUCACUCGGCGAUCAUCAUCGACAAUCGACUAUGGAUGCGAAAGCCAUACGACAGGUCUUGCCGCCGCGACUCUCUCUGUAUUUAUUCGAAAAAAUAUAGAAUAUGCUUAUUGUGAGAUUCUUUAAAUUUGCCUUAUUUAUGUCAAAUGUUCUUUUAAAAUCUAACAUUUGGUUCUUUCUUUUAUUGUAUUUAAUUCUUUUUUAUUGCAACAGCACAAUUUUUUUACGACAAAACAUUUCUUGUUUGAAAUAUAACAAAUGAAUUACAUUGCUAACAAGAAAUACGUAAUGCAAUUUAGAAAAUCAUUAUUAAUGUAAUAGAUGUAUUUUGUAAAAUGUAUCACUUAAAAGGAUUAUGCUACUUUUAGAUGGCUGAAAUAUACUUAUAUAUAUAAUAUGCA